ACAAUUUUUAUUAUUAUUAUUAUUAUUAUUAGCCUAGGUUUAGAACAUUGUUGUGCCAAUAGGAGAAGUAGGCCUAAGUGUAUGUUUGAUUUUCAAUUUUAUUUCUAGGUAUUGAAUCCAGAUUGCACAUCCAUCCUCGUUUUACCUGACAAUGACUCAACCCAAUGGAAUUUUAACAUGCAUGAAAGUGAAAAUAUCCAAGUUGAAAGAGAAACUAGUAAAGACGUACAUCUUCUUAAUUUCAUUUCAACUCCAGUAGAACCAGAGUCAAAUGAAUGGGAGCUAGAGACGAUAACACAAGUGACAAACAUGGAACAAGAAUCUGGAGCAUCGACAACACUGGAAGAUUUAGAUGAUGCGCUAUCUUCUGUGAGCGACCUAUUUGAGAAUGACAUCGAUGAUCCAACAUACACUCCACCUUCAGGUUCAGAGAGUGAUUCAACUUUAAGUAACGAUUUAGAACAAGUACAAAGUCAAUCUGUAAGUACAAAUACUACAGCAAAUAAUAAUAAUAUAAUACCUCUGGUACCAUAAACCGAUUCAGAUGACACGGAGAGCGAGUUACCGAUAGUUACUCAACCUAAAAAUAAAGGAAGAAAAAGAAUAAGGAAUGAAAAAAAGUGGAAAAAAAACAUUAGAAAGCAG